AUGACUCAACAUGAGGGAUCUAGCGUUGAUGCCCACCAAGAAUGCAACCUCCAUCACCCAUCAUGGCCUGAACGCUGGUCGCAUCCGGAAUAUACUGAUUCGCCUCACGAACUUCGGAAGCGCUGGUGCAAGCAGCCCUGGUAUAAAAACGAGACUCGCCCUUCUGUCAUGUUCAUUAAAUGGCUCCGUUACUUACCCUGGGGCUUUGUGAUCUACCGCACUGUUUACACGGCAGAAUCCGACCGGCUCUGGUCUGCCUGCCUCGCAAAAAUCGACCGUUAUGUGCAAUGGAGUAUUGAAAAAAUCGACAAGGAUGAAUACCCUGACGGCGACCGAUGUCCUGAGAAGUUCGUGCAGGAAACCUAUAAGAAUUUUGUUUUCGAGGAUCGACAGCGAUGGGACGGGGCAUCCUUGGACCAGAUUCGUGAGGAUUUCCAACGAUAUUCCGAAUCUUUGGGAAUGGAAGAUGGGUCACAUGUUCCAUGGUCAAAAGCCUGUCUCGUGAUAGACAAUCAAUGCUUGAAGUCGAUCGUGAGUGCCUUCGAAGAUCCGAAGGAGAGUGCAAACCGGGGAGGGCCUAAGGGAGGGUUUGUUAUCGAGCAGGGUGGGUAUAUCAUGUUGAAGCCCUAUGUGGUGAUGGUCGACCCUACCUUUAGCCCCGAGGAUGACUAUGACACGCCCGGGUACCAAGGAUAA